AUGCCCUCGUCAACUAAAGACAAGAAUUCACAGCCAAUUAAGCAGGGAGACCAUGUUUUUACGCCCAUCCGAGGAGGGCGUCGUGAGGGCGACGUGGAGGAGAUCAUACGUACCAAAGAGGAGGCUGAAGAAGCAGAAGUCAAGAAUCCUCCGAAGGCGACGUGUAAGCGACAUAUUGUACACAUCACCGACGCAACGCGUAACGGAUCGACGGAGAACUUCGAAAGACCGCUAGUCCCUAUUCAAGAGCCAGGGCAGACGGAGAGACGCACAGGUGGACACAGGCAAGCAAGGGACUGCAAGAGUGGCUUCGCAGAGGCAAUCGUGCGGACGGAUAACGGAAACAGCACGUUCAUUUGCUUCUCGGCUCCUCUACAUGCUGCCAAGAGGCUGGCCGACCACUCGAAGCGCCGAUCUGUGGCUGAUUCCCUUUUCGAAGCGUACAGCACCGUGACCACAACUCAUCGCAUCAUCCGCCAAUAUCGCAACUCGACUUCUUCGGCUGGCUCGGACACAACAAUACGGGAACUCACACUGUCUAUACCUACGAAGACCAGACAAACCACUGAUCAUAAGUCGACCUCAGAGCUAUUGCCUACUGUAUUAGAUGUCGACACUCGAGUGACUGUUGAACCUUCGUCCUCGGUUGCGAUGGUACCAACGGCCGAUCAAUCUCCAGAUUCGACCUCAUCGGGAAAGAGCAAAGACGAGUCGGCAAAGCCCGAUGAUCCCGUCUUUACGCCUGAAGUAUCUUUGGACUCGGCCUCUCAAACGGCAAAUAGCCCGACUACGGUCACCGAAAGCUCUUUCGCAAAGCAAACCGAGCCGGCCUUAUCCGGAGACAGGCCAGCCUCUCAUACCCUCCUCAAGCUCGGCUCUGGCCAGUACGAGCAUACCGCUAUCACCAAGUUCCGAAACAUUGUCUGCGCCGACGAAGACCACACAGACCCUGAUUAUACGUCGAUCUCGGGGGCAUGGCCUACUUCGUUGAGCAUCGGCAUCCGGGUGACUGUUGAGCCUACGUCCACCAUCGCUCUGUCGCCAACGCCCGACCAAUCUUAA